AUGCCCUCGCCCGCAAAGCACCGCGCCGCCCUGGCCCCCCUGGACCCCAACGCGAAGCCCUCGCUGCCGUCGCCCAAGAUGAAGGACGGCGCCGGCUCGCCGAUCCCCCUGACCGGCGGCUCCUCGCCCACCAAGAAGGUCGCGCCCGCGCGCCUGGGCGGCACCAAGCGUCCCGCCGAGGAUGCCUCCUCGCCCGGCUGCAAGAAGACCUGCACGGCGCACACGCACACGCCCACGCCCACGCACACGCCCACGUCGCCCGCCUCGUCCGUCUUCGACACGUCGGCCGCCGAGGGAGACUCGUGGGCCACCGCCGCCACCGAGCCAGACCUGCCGGGCCGCAUCGUCGGCGACGCGCCCGCCCUGCUGGCGCCCCGGCAGAGAGGCAGCAUGACGCGCGAGCAAGCAAGAGAGAAAGCCGAGAUUCUGCGCCUCCGCCUCACCCUGGCCAACUACAAGCUUCGCACCGGCCAAACCGCCAUCCCGCUCGCCGACCUGCAGCGCAAGCCGUUGCCGCCGCGGAGGGUCGUCCGCGUGCAGCCGCCAUCCGGGAGUCACCAGGGCUCGCGGGAUGCCUCGGCCCCGUCAGCGGAUGGCCUCGCCAGGUCGAAUGGGGGCGCGGCGAGCGGACUCCUCAGUUUAUCUAGGGGUUAG